AUGGAUGUCACAUUCUUUGAAGGAACCUCGUACUACAACAACUCCCAUUUUCAGGGGGAGAGCAACACUAGUGAAUAUGGUUUUUUAGAUGGUUCUGAUUUAAUGKUUGAAUUUGUCCAUAAUGAUGUUCCUCACAACCAGUCACCGAAAGAAAGCGAGAAAAAUAUUUCACAAGUGUCUAGUGUAUCCAUUACUAAUAGUAUCCAGGAGGCUCUAAAUGUUCCUGAGUGGAAAGAAGYUGUUUUUGAGGAKAUGAGAGCUUUGGAAAAGAAUGCUACUUGGGAGAAAGUGGACCUGUCGGAUGGAAAGACAGUUGUUGGUUGUAAAUGGGUGUUCACUUUGAAGUACAACUCAGAUGGAUCCUUGGAGAAAUACAAGGCUCGCCUAGUAGCGAAAGGCUUUACUCAGACAUAUGGAGUAGACUACUCUGAGUACUCUUAUCUAUUGCAGCUAAUCUUGAUUGGCCACUGA